AUGUCGUCCCUCUCUAUCUUCCGUGUCGCGACCCGCGCCGUCCGCCCUGCCAGCUUCAUCCGAGCUCCGAUCGUCCGCUCCCGGGUGCAGACCCCGGUGACUGUGGCCGCUACCCGCGCCCGUUUCUUCGGCAUCACCCCCAAGCGCAUGUCCGGCCACGAGGACGAGACCUACGAGGAGUUCUCUGCUCGUUUCGAGAAGGAAUUCGACGGUGUGCAGGAUGUCUUCGAGCUCCAGCGCAACCUGAACAACUGCUUCGCCUACGAUCUCGUCCCCUCCGUUGAGGUCCUCACUGCCGCCCUUAAGGCCGCUCGCCGUGUCAACGACUUCCCCACCGCCGUCCGUGUUUUCGAGGGCAUCAAGGCCAAGGUCGAGACCCAGGAGCAGUACAAGCAAUACGUUGAGGCUCUCGAGGGCCUCCGCCAAGAGCUGGGCGUUACCCUCCGCGAGGAGCUGUACCCCAAGGAGGUGUAA